UAUGAAUUUUAAGUUCUUAGAAUAUAUUAAGUAUUAUCAUUAAAAGUCGAAUGCAAAUCGAAUUAUUGUACAAUACUAAAAUAAAAGCACCUAUACUUAAUAUAUUUUCAGACUUAUUUCUCUCAGAUACCAUUAAUUUUUCAAUUGAACAAAUUUAUAUUUAUCAAUUGAAAAAUGACAUAUGUAUAAACGAUCGUAUUGUUAUUAUCGAUAUAUUAUGCAUAAUAUUAAAAAAGUAUCGUAGUGUUGUAAAAAAAAAAGAAAAAAAAAAGGAAGAAAGAUUAAAAGAGAAGAAAAUAGGAAUUAGAAUUAGAGAAUGAAACAAAUGUUAAAAAUGAAAUCGUUGAAUUAACCUAUAUUUAGAAUUGAAAAGAGUAUUGAUAAUAGGAAAAUUAAAAUUAAUUAAUCGGACUAUCGAUUAUAAAUGUAUGAUUAAUAUUAAAAAGAAAAAUAUUACAAGUUAAUUGAACGUUUCAAUUAGUAAAUCUAAUAACUGAUUAAACGGUACGAAUAGUAGUUUCAGAAGUAAAAACAGAACUAUGUCAACACUUCGAGAUACAGUAAUAUAGACUAAUUGUUUACAGAACGAGAUGAGGUAAGUCAACGACGAGCCCCAUUAUUCAUAUUGUUUACAGUCCUCAUCACGUUUCUAUUUGCCAAAUAAGACAAUCUCCAAGUUUAAAUUAUACAGUAGGUUUCUCAAAAGUUAAUCAACUUAAUAAUUUCUUUUUUAUAAUUGUGUAUUAUUAUUAAAAUCCACAAUUAUAAAUUACAUUUUUAUAUUUCGCGCGGUUUCGAUAUAUUUCUAACAGAGCGCGCUGCGAUAUCGAUACGAAUUUUUGUUUUGUUUUGAUCACGAUCACGUCUUUCUCUUAUAUCGUAUUAUUUGUUUUCAUUAAUUAUUUUAUAAUUUACAAUAUUCACCCUAUAAAAGUGUUAAACAAUGAAAUAUAUAUAUAUAUAUUGAUAUCGAUUCGAUAAUUUUUCUUAUGACAAAAUGGCUUCCGUAUCGUUGAAAGGUACAAGAAAGACGUAUAGCUUCGAGGAACGAGAAAUUUUAAUAACAUUGAUAAACAAAUACGAAGAUAUUGAGGAUAGAAAAUCCGAUCCAAUAUCAAUGUGUAAAAGAAAAUCAGCUUGGACACAAUUAGCUGAAGAAUAUAAUUCUAUGGUCGGUCCACAAAGUGCACGUUCGGCUGUACAGCUAAGACGUUGUUGGGAAAAUAUGAAAGCUUGUAAAAGAAAUCGCGAGGAGAAAAAAACGCGAAACAAUUCAAAAAGUUUUUGUCAAUUGUCAAAGGAUUUUACACAAUCAUCGAUUUCUUCUUGGGAAAAUGGAAAUGUUUAUGAGAAACAGAGACCGGAAGUACCACCGACUAGCGGAAAUGGUUGUUUACCGCCUAACGUAGUCUUUGAACCAAAAGAUUCCGAACCUUUUACAUUGCAAAGUGUAUGCUCAUCGAAGCUUGCAAACAUAAAUUUAAAAAAGGAACCUGACAAUACUUCCAACGAGUCCAAUGGUAAUACAUCGAAACAUAUUUCUGGAUUACAAGAUACAAUUGGUGGUAAACAAACAGGUUGUAUAAUUACAUCACAGGGAACAAUGUUGACUGAUUGUAGAGGAACGAACGAUCUAUCGAUCAUCGAUCAUAGAUCAACGGACGAGGAAGAAUCAAUGGAAUCUAGUCAAUUGGCUUAUAAAUCAAAUACGACUCAAAGCUUCGUUGUUUCUUCUCCUUCACGGAUAAACGAUUCUCAUAAUCAUCGUAAGACGAAAAGAUCUUUACAAAAGGAAGAUGAAUUGCAACUUCUUGCACUCUCAGAGGCUCAGAUUAAGGUCGACGUAGCAGCGAUGUUGAAGGAGGAGGCUAGAAUCAAACUGGAGGAGGCUCAUUAUCGUAAAGAAGAAGCUAGGCUUAGGAUGCUUUUCUUUACUUACAAGCUUGAGAGGAUAAAGGAAGAUUGAAAAGAUAUCAUUUCAACGUCGUUCUUUCUUUUUUUUUUUUUUUUCUUUUCUCCUCUUUCCUUUCUCCCUCUCUCUCUCUCUCUCUCUCUCUCUCUCUUUCUUUUUUCUUUUCUUUUUUAUAUA